CGGGGGUCGGAGGGAGGGAGAGACGGGGAGGAUGUGAACAGGGUGGGGGCAGACGCCCCUGUCCCCCACCCUUCCCUUCGAGCCGGGCAGGGGUGGGGGGAGGGGCCGGGCUGAAGCGGCGGCAGCAGCGGCGGCGGCGGCGGCGCUCCGGAGGGCUGGGUCGGGCAAGGGCGGGACUAGCCCACGGCCAGCGGACAAGAGAGCCGCGAGCUAACGGGUCUGGACGCCGGCUGCGACGGCUUUCUGCGCGGGCGGUGGCGGCGGCAGGAGCAGCGAGCAUGGCCCGCACGGCGCCGGGCGCUGACUGAGGGUCGUGUGGCGGCAGCCUGGCACCUGACAAGUGAAGGGGAACCUGCCAGGGGAUUACUAUGAGCUAACAGCAGGACAGGCUGGCUCCGGGGGAGUGGGGAUGGGCAGUGCUGCUGCCGAACCUGGGCCAGAGGUACCAGGAAGGAGGCCUGGGCCCUGGCGGGGGGCUUGGCACACACUCACCUGACCCAGAAGAUAUUGGACACAGUGCCCUGCUGAACAGCAGCUGUUCCCAGCGCCAGAGGACCCCACAGCCACAGUAGGAGCUUUGCGACCCUUACGCAACUGUAUCUGGGACUGUGGCCACCAGGAGAAGGGACCAGCAACUUAGAUGGAUAGGACCUACGACGAGAAGGAUCUCAGUCUAUAGUGGAGUUUUCUGACGCUCACAGCACUUCUUGUUUUUCUCCUCUCAGGGUUGGGGUCUAGCUCCCCUACUCUUGCAGAUGUGUUGGGCCAAGAGGAUCAGCCAAGGUGGGACAACACUUGCAUGGAACCCAGGUCCCCUGAAGCCCAUGUGCUCUCUGUUGAGAUUGGAGUUCUAGAGCUUCCUUGCUGCCAGGGACAAGGGGCCGCCUCAGUGUCUGCUCAUGAGCCACAAAGACCCCGACUGCUCCAGACUGGAUUAUUUCAAGCCACCAAAGAGGGGGACCCCUAGAGCUGGCAGCCAGCAAUCCCAAGGGACUAAAGGGCUGCGAUGGACUGACCUCCCCCUCGCCAGAGUGGCAGGAGAGGCAGAGCCCCUGUGGCCCAGCUAGUGCCAGAGAGACCCGAUGAAGCUCUAAGCAGGGGCUCGCCUGACUCAGGGACAGGACAGCAACUCCUGCCAACGUGCGUUCUCCCCACAUUGAGGGAGGGUGUGGCAAGGGACUCCUGCCACUGUCCCCUGCUGCAGCAGCUGCCCCUAUGCCCUUUGCAUGUGGUGCCACAACAGUCAGGCUACGCCGUGGCUGGCCCCUCAGUGGGCUGGGAAAGGAGUGGCCACGGUGACUGCCGUGUGUCUGCCAGCACCAUGAAGUGCUCCCUGCGGGUAUGGUUCCUCUCCGUGGCCUUCCUGCUCGUGUUCAUCAUGUCCCUGCUCUUCACCUACUCACACCACAGCAUGGCCACGCUGCCCUACCUAGACUCGGGGGCCCUGGGCGGGACGCACCGGGUGAAGCUGGUGCCUGGCUAUGCCGGCCUGCAGCGCCUCAGCAAGGAGGGUCUCUUCGGCAAGAACUGUGCCUGUCGCCACUGCAUGGGUGACGCUGGUGCCUCCGACUGGUUUGACAGCCACUUCGACGGCAACAUUUCCCCCGUCUGGACCCGAGAGAACAUGGAUCUUCCACUGGAUGUCCAGAGGUGGUGGAUGAUGCUGCAGCCUCAGUUCAAGUCACACAAUACCAACGAGGUGCUGGAGAAGCUGUUCCAGAUAGUGCCCGGCGAGAACCCCUACCGCUUCCGGGACCCCCACCAGUGCCGGCGAUGUGCUGUGGUGGGGAACUCAGGCAACCUGCGGGGCUCUGGCUAUGGGCAGGACAUAGACGGGCACAACUUCAUCAUGAGGAUGAAUCAGGCACCAACCGUGGGCUUUGAGCAAGAUGUUGGCAGCCGAACCACCCACCAUUUCAUGUACCCUGAGAGUGCCAAGAACCUGCCCGCCAACGUCAGCUUCGUGCUGGUGCCCUUCAAGGCCCUGGACCUUCUGUGGAUCGCCAGCGCCCUGUCCACAGGGCAGAUCCGAUUCACCUACGCCCCAGUGAAGUCGUUCCUUCGAGUGGAUAAAGAAAAGGUCCAGAUCUACAACCCAGCCUUCUUCAAGUAUAUCCACGACAGGUGGACAGAGCAUCACGGGCGGUACCCUUCCACAGGGAUGCUGGUGCUCUUCUUUGCCUUGCAUGUGUGCGAUGAGGUGAACGUGUACGGGUUCGGGGCCGACAGCCGGGGCAACUGGCACCACUACUGGGAGAACAACCGGUAUGCGGGCGAGUUCCGGAAGACAGGCGUACACGACGCGGACUUCGAGGCCCACAUCAUCGACAUGCUGGCCAAGGCCAGCAAGAUUGAGGUCUACCGGGGUAACUGAGCUGGGCCUCGCCGUGCCCCUCCCGGCACAACCGUCAGGCGCCCGCGCUCCGGCCCGGGACCUGGGACCCGGGACCCAUAAUGCUGCAGUACAGGGGGCGCCUGCUGUCCCCUGCCAAUCACGAGACUCUGGGGACCGGCCGGGCCUGGCACCAAUCAGCGCUGCAGUCGGGCGGAGCUUCUGUUUCUCCCAGCUAGUCAUGCGACUUAAGGAGAACUUCCGGUGCUGGGUCCUGUCUCCUCCAAUCAAUGGCCUUCGGGGGCGGGCCGGUGGCCGCUCAGUCCCCACUUCCUUAUGCUUUGGGCUAGGGUUUUCUUUCCCGCUUUCUGAGGAGGGCAUGCCGUGGGCCUUGGCAAAGCACUUCUUUCAGGCUUCGCCGAAGGGGCGUCUCAGUCGCUGGCCGGCCCGGGAGGAGAGUGGACGCCCUCUGCGGUCGCUGCGGGCCUCAGGAGAGCGGUGGCCACCUGGCCCCUUUCCCCGCCGGCCCGGAUGGGCGCGUGCAGACCCACCAAAGAAACGCAGUCGGGGCGGAGCCCGGGACGCGGGGUCCGCCGUCCCACCUCGCCCCGCCUCGGCAGCACUGUGGGACGGCCGCUCCCCCAGGGCCUCCCGCGUCUCCAGGAAGCUGGGGAUGGCGUCCGCUACAGGGUGGGGUGCGCCCGGGCCGAACUCCGGACAGGUGGAGGGGACAGGGCAGGGCUCGAGGAAGCCCUGUCCCCUCCAGUGCAAGGUGCUCUCACUCACGUGUGCCCUCGGCCCUCCUGUUCACCCGCAGCCUUCUCAGCGCCUCUCCCUGGGCCCGGGGCCUCCUCACCAGCCUACCUGUUGCUCUGGAAAAAAACCCUGCCUCCUGGCUCCCUCCUUUCCCCAGUCUUUGGCCGGCUCUGGGGAGGUGGCUGAAUGGCGGAACGAGGCUGACGAUGGGCCUGGCUGCUCGCUGCAUGCACCUCCUUCACCCAUCGCCUCUCGCUUGGGGGUGAAUUUGCCUAGGGCUUAUGUUUUGGUUAAGCCGAAGCUGCCCGGGGUGGCCGACGCGCUGAUUCUUUGUAAAUCCUGAGCUGGCCCAGCCCGCAGCCCGCAGCCCGCAGCCGCCCGGGGAGGAGGAGACUUGUGCACAGCAGGUCAUCUCCUUCUACCCCGCUCUCCAUCUCCUGUCCUAGAAGGGCUGGGAAGCUCGCAGCUGGAGUUCCACCUGGAAGCUGCUUGCAUGGCUGAACCCAGCUUAGGUCCCUGGCUGGGCUGCUGGUGAAUUCUCCCCCUUUGAGGCUGGGGAAGUUUAGGAGGGGGCGAGGGCUUCUGUGAAGCUCUCAAACCACUAAUAGAACCCCCUUUCCAACAGUGACGGUGCAGAUGCUCCCCCUUUUCCUAGUUGACAGCACCAAGCAGCCUCCUGGCCCUUGGUGGGUUCCUGCAGCUGGCUGGGGGAACAGGGACCUGCAGGGGAUUUGGUUAGGGGAGGGUUGGGACAGGCAGUGUGCACCUCUGAAAGUUAAUAUAUUGGGAACU